AUGACUGUUGGUUUCCGCUUCCUAAGUCUCGUGUGCCUGUGCGCUCUGGCUGCAGCAGGGAGGGAGCCCAAGCCUAAGGAGUUGGAGUCGCUGACUGACGAGCUGAAAGAGUUCUUUGCGAAGUUCAGCGAGUUUGAGGGCGAGAAGGCCGCGGAAGAGCUGCUCUGCAAGGUGACACGGACGGACCGGGCGUUCCAGGAGGGUCUUGGAAACCGCACGCUUGUGGUGAGCACCGAGGAGGGGAGCCGGAGGCUCUGGACCCCGGCAGAAGAGGGCAUCCUUGAGCUGCUCUUGGAACUUGGGCGGGACUUCGUGGAUUUCGACGUGCACGGCCACCUGGAGCACCAGGGCUCCCAACUGCGCGUGGAAAUGGCCAAGCCCUCGCACGUCCGUCAGCUCGCAAGUCAGAGCCCCACGGGGAUGCCAGAGGUUCAUCUGACGUUGAAGGGCCCGUCGACGGUCGAGUCGGUCAUGCGAAGUGCCAGGAAGGCCAAGGACAAGGUCGUGGAGUGGGUUUCCCAAGCGACGGCCGACAUGGUCGGACAGGCGCCCUCCAAACAGGAGCUAGCCAGUGCCCAAGAGGAGCUGGACAGCCAGAGCAUCACAUUGGAGGUUCCGGAGGUUGCAGCCAUCCGUCACGAGGGCUAUGAGGUCUCGAGGUGGCCUAAAGCAGUUGAGGUCCUGAAGAAGCGCCUAAACUUGUCCGACGACUUCGAGCAAGAGCUGUUGCUUGCACAGUUCCGUCGGAGUGGCAGUGGCUACUUCCAGACUCCGAUAGAGGAGGAUGGCAAGGUCGGCGUGCGCAUCAUCAGCUACAGGACCUCGAAGGUGGACGGUGAGAUGCACAUCGUGUACGGGCACCUCUCCCUGAAAGCUUCGGGAUCGGCCAAGGCCGAGAGAGCCGAGGGCCAGGCGGUUGUCCACGGUGACGACAGCGUGAGUUGGCGGGGCCGGAGCUUCAAGGCGCUGCCGGCAGCGUCGCCACGCUCGUCCACAGCAGGGAGUGACAUGAACGGCAUCACUGUUCACCUUCCUCCCGGGGCUUCGGUGGUGGACGUAGGUGAUCCGGACUUUGACGGGAUCCGGCAGCAGGUGAUCGCGAAGUUCGGGUGGGGAGCGGGCGUGGCACACGCUCGUGUGCCAGGGAGCAGGAGGCCGGCGGCCGAUCUGCGGGACAGCGAUCGAUUCAGCAUCCGGAUCGCUGUAUUCUGA